AUCUACGUUUCUUAAUUUCAAAUAAUGUAAAAAACUAUUAGGGUAGGAUACGUGAUAGAUAUAUGUCCAAAGGGUUAAGACAGGUAUGAAAAAUUGGAAUGUCUUUUUGACUUUUAUAAUAUUUUUUUUAGUUGUAUUUUGCAGGAAAUUUCUUGCUUCUAUCUUUCUAGUAAGUUUCUUUUGGAGCUCAAGUGAGUCACGUGAACACCAAUGAAGUGGGGAUGUUGAACUAGUAGGGGGCUAAAUGAAUAGACGAGUUUAGCAGUUAGCUCUACCAUCGAACGUCGCCAUUUGUGACUGUUGCGACACAUAUGUUUUUUCUUUCUGUGUAGAGUUCGUGAAAUUCAACAUGCCUUCCUAUAAGCUGACUUACUUCCAUCUUACGGCGUUGGCCGAGCCAAUUCGCUUGGUCUUCAACUAUGCUGGCAUCGAGUUUGUGGAUGAACGUAUCGACAAGAAUGAUUGGCCGAAACUUAAACAGACCAUGCCAUUCGGCAAAGUACCUGUGCUUGAAGUAGACGGAAAGAGAAUCCAUCAGUCCGUAGCUAUCUGUCGCUACUUGGCGAAGCAAUGCGGCCUUGCCGGCAAAAAUGAUUGGGAAUCCCUGGAAAUCGACUCAACUGUCGAUACCUUACAAGAUUUAUGUGAAAAUAUUUAUAGAAUCUACGAGAAGGCUAAAAAACAGAAGAUCGAAGUUGUUGAUGAGACGGUGCCAUAUUACUUGGAGCGUCUGGAUGCUCAGGUGAAGAAGAACGGCGGUUAUUUUGUCGGCGGUGCUCUAACGUGGGCUGAUUUCACUUUCGUUGGUCUCUUGGAUUACAUGAACUUUUGUAUGAAAGAGAACAUUGUCGAGAAAUAUGAGAAUCUUAAACAACUCCAAAAGAAGAUCGAGGAGAUACCGGCCAUUAAAAAUUGGAUCGAGAAACGUCCGCCAACUAAAUAUGAAAAUUACAUGUGAAAAUCGGAAUAAUUUUGACUUAUGAUUGGUUUUUUUAACAGAGCUAAUUAUUGAUGCUUGACUUGAGAAUAAAAUAUCUAUUUUUCUUUCUUUCAAACGCUACGUGUAUGACGGGCUCAUACGAUAGAUCUAAAAUUUAUGCAUUAGAAGAUACAAAUGUAUAUUUUAUCAUUCGUUGAAGACUAAUUGUUACUGUUAUUGUCGUAUGGCAAUAAUAAAAAUAACAUAAGAUUAUUUGAAAUUACAUGUUGAAAAACUAUCUAUUUUUUUCAUUAUAUAAUUUUGUAUCUUAAUAAAUCGCUAUUUUUGCACUA